AUGACGACCAAGACCUUCACACCGUCGGCUGGCUGGCCCUUCAGCACACCCGUCGUGGUCAGCGUUCCAUGCUCAGCUCCCGCUGUUAGCACCUCGACGGUUCCCACACCCGGUGGCACCUGGAGCAGCAAGCCUGUGUCCCUGGCGCCGACGGUGACCGCAGGAUCGUGGGGUGGCAACCCCGUGUCUCCUGUGGCGGCGGCCUCCACCGGCGCGUGGGUGAGCCCGAGCGUGACCGUCGCGACGACACUGACCGUGGCGCCCGUACAAUCGUCGUCGGCGUGGGUGGCCGCCGCAAGCACCUCGCCCGCGGCACCGGUCGCUCCCUACAGCAUCCCCAUCAACGGCACCAACUCCUGGGUGGCCCCCUACACGGGCGCCGCCGCGGGCCGCACGACCCUGAGUGCCUGGGCCAUGGUUGCCGCCGGAGCGGUCGCGCUCGGCGCGCUCGUUAUGUAA